AAUGAUUUGAACCAUAUGAUAAACAAUACUCUUUUAUUACUUUCAGGUGGAGUCAGUGGUGCUGCUGCAGCCGCGGCAGCCGCCAACGGGGCUGCUGGAGUCUGUGGAAACCAAGACUUCUUAACUAACCUGUUGGUGUACCAGUACCUAUCUGGCAACAUCCCCAGUGGGGCUGCUGGAGCCAACCCCCAGCUGGCUGCCCUUCUCGGCUCACAGGGCCCCGCGACCAGGACGGUGACGACGGUGUCAAAGACACAAACGUUGGUGAGUGUGGACGUGCCGGCCACCACACACUUCAGCACCUCCACCACCUCGUACGUCACCACCAUCACACAGGUGGAGUCCAAGAUCAUCCCGGUCAUCUUUCGCGGCUCCAGAAUCACUACUACCAUCACUGAGUCUAGCGAAGAGGUGAUCACGGCCACUGAGUACUUCACGGAGUCAACGGUCCACCAGCCGUCCAUCGUGCAUACCCACCCUGUGCACAUCACCAUCACAGAGACGCGAACGCGAGGCCUCGACGGAAGCUACACGCUGUUCGACCUUACCCACGGCGCCACCUCGGUGAUACAAGAGCCACUAAACCCUACCGCCACAUUUGACCUUGACACCACUGGACUCGACCUGGCCAACUUGGACUUGUCACACCUUGAUCUGACUAGUCUUGCUGGUGGACUUCCUUCCCUCGAUGGGGACCAGGGUCAAGUAUUGGCCGUGCUCUCGUCGCUGCUCGCCGGCACCGACGACCUCCCCGCAGACACCCCUGGCCCGCGGCCUGCUGGGGGCAACAGACCCUUCAGGAACAAUCCCGCGAGGAAUAAGAAUCAGAAAGGAAGCAGAUUCAGUCCUGACUACGCUGAUUAUGAAGACCCAGUGGAAGAGACGCCCAAGUACAACGUGCUUCGAGGCUUCACACUGAGCGACCGCGUUGCCACCGUGGCCGCCGGGCCACCGUCUACAGGCAGGGCGGCCACAGACACUCGAUACAGCAAGUACCAUAGGAAAAGUAGACCAGACAACAACGGCAUUAGUACCACAGAGUCCAGCCCACGGGAAGCAGAGCGAUUCUCGGCAUCAACACGUCGCCGCACGCUGUCCCGUACGGAUCGGAGACGCUCCACCGCGGGCGGCCGCCCUCCCAGCACGCGUUUCGUUGCGGCUCCCGAGUCUCAAUAUUUUGAAGAAGACUCAUCAACGUUCCGCCCGUUCGGACAACGGCAGGAUCGUGCAAUUACAAGCAGACGCCGUGGUUCACUUGAAUCGCGAUCGGCACCACCGCAAUCAGUACCACGCGCUCGCAGUAAACCACAAGCACAAGCACAAGUUCGUCAGAGCACCAACCCGUCUACUAGCAGCACCCCGCAGCCCACAGGGCAGAGUACGGUGCUCACAAUGUAUAUCAGUGGCUCAGAGCCCGGCCAGUUUUCUACCAGACUUCAGACUGUCCAACUCCGGUCCCUUGGGUCUUCUCGGAGACGCAGGGAUGUGAACGAGUUACCCAUGACAAAGCUGUCCACUUCGACAGUGCUCCCGCCAUCAUCCCUCAGCACUGUCAUCCCCCAGAUACCCCCAGAAGCCGAUCCGCACAAAGUGGUACAGAUGCUCAAGCAGCUGGAGCCGACGCACGUUCGUCAAAUGAUCCACUCCCUCCAAAAGUGGGUGGACUUCUACAGCCAUGAGGUGCUGGACGAGAUUGACAACCGAGUGUUGCCAGAGUUAACCUCCUCCCUUAGCGCAGAGACGCAAGAGUCCGAGAAUGAUGCCACCACUGCCCUGCCUCGCGCCCCAGCAAUGCUGACGGGCUUAUCCUUGCCCACGGAUCGUUGCCCAGUGCCCUCCACAGUCACCACAACCGUGUACCGUACCGUUAUCCUCACCGCGGGUAUUAACAAUGGCGAAUCAAUCGUCUAAUGGCUAAUUACCAUAGGUUGGCCCUUCAACCCUUCCCCGUAAACCAGGUUUUGCACUGUCCCUCCCUUCACUUUCCCCCUACUCAGUUUGUUGGUAUUUAUCCGAAGUGAGUGUUGCUGUACAUAAGUGCUUGUGUGCGUCUGGUCUGUACAUAAACGUGUGUAUCUUUGUGUGUGUGCACUUGAUUGAGUGUGCCAGGGUUUGAGACCCACCAAGCUCAAGUAAUACAAAUGCCUCAAGGACUUGAAGGACGAUACAGGAGUGCUCUGAAGACAUCAAGGUUGACCGUUUUUCUCGACCCAUGUCCACCUGACCCGCAGGACGAUGGGUCGCUAAGCUUGCAAGGGUAAAAACCAAAGUUGAGGGGACACAGUACAGUCUGCAGCGGAAUAAACAGGAUUAUCAAAACGUGGAACGCUAUCCCACGCACCACCCCCUGCUCCUUUUCCCUGUCAUUGGUAGGGACCGAGAGACACACCAAAAGGUCGCCACCUGGCUAGGUAGCUGCCGGCGCCGCCUGAGGCUGCUUCCGGACUUGUCUUGGUUGUGAGUAGGAGGACGCACUUCUCUUCAAUUGAGUGCCAGUGCAAUCAAGCUAAUUAUCUGAAUCCAAUGAGUGUAAUUGUUAAUUCAAUCAUCACAAAGUCAGCACGCUAUGUAUGUCAGUAAUAUAGCAACAAAACUAUUAUUGUAUUAACUUUCUCUUCUAUGUCACAAACUUCCAAAGAGCCUCUGUAGCAGCCAGUCCCCGCUCCUUUGACCCUUCCCUCCCCUCACCCCCCAUUAAGGGCGUCUCUGGAGUACCCGCAGUGCCACAUAACACACGCACGCACUUCUGGCAACUAAUGAUUGCUGGAAUGUUAUUAUUAAGCUUUGGUAUGUAUCAUAUCACCCUACGCCUCCCUGACCCAUCCUGUUACACUUCUCCUCUUACUCUACCCCACUUACUCAGCCUACUCUUUCCCCAAGACUCACGCCGCCUCUCCCGUCUCCUCCUCCUCUUACUCCUCCUUUCUCCGCUUCAUCGUAGUGCCCCGAAGUGUUCUUAUUGUAGUUCCAGUACGAAACAAAAUGAUCCGAUGAAGCAAUUUCAGCUACAGAGAAUUAACAAUGGUCUUCUGUGCGAGGUGAAAGUAGCAGCGUUUUGUGAUAUCAGGUGCUGCGCUUGGCGGUGGUGUGCUGGUGUGUGGUGUGUGAUGUGCUGAUUAUGAUAAUGCUAUGGUGGUGUAGUAGUGUACGAUUAGAUGAUGAUGAUGAUGAUGAAGUAAUGGUGUAUUGGUGGUGAUGUCAAGCCAAUGCUGGUGGUGUAAUGCUGAUGGAGGAAUGUUCUGCUGUUGCUGUUGCAGGUGUGGAUGUACGCCCCACACUAAGCCCCGUACCACCACGGGGAGCAAUGUCAGUGUAGCCAUUAGGUGGUGUGGUACGGAGCGGUGUCCCAAGUCUUCAGUAUUGACCAAGUCUUUUGUUAAUUCUUAAUAGUCUAUCAAUAGUUAAAACACAUGUUAUAGUCAUUAUUAUUAUCAUGAUUAUUAUUAUUAUUAUUAUUAUUAUUAUUAUUAUUAUUAUGUCAUUGGAGGAUAUCCAGAAUGUCAUUGCUGUGAUUGAAUAUUUGUUAUCUUUGCUACAAUAUUGUCUCCCCGGGCAUUUUGUAGUUAAUCGAGGAGUAAAAAAAUAUAAAUAGUUUAUGUAAUUCAAUUUAAGUCUCUUGCCAAAAUAGAGGGCUGAGAACUGUGAUUGAACUUCUUGGAUUUCUUACGAAGCACAGAAUACCAAUUGGCCCCCCAAAUUUUGAAGAAUUUUUUAAAUAAUUUCUUUAUCUUUUUUUCACUUAUUUUGCAUGCGUAAGUUAACGAUCAUUUUCUGUCUCUCAUACCAAUGUGCAUGUUGUAUCUUUAUUAAUUUCGAAUUCAGUGACUAACCAAAGUUCUUUACAUGGUGUGUGUGUGUGUGUGUGUGUGUGUGUGUGUGUGUGUGUGUGUGUGUGUGUGUGUGUGUGUGUGUGUCGUACAUCUGCGUGCGUGCGAGUCAAACUAACAAUACAAACAUAAGGAAAGUAAGACGCGCUAAGCUGCGUCUUAUUAUAUUCCUGUGCGCCACGGUCAGGCCAAGCGACUAGGAAAGAAACUAAAUCUCUCUCUCUCUCUCUCUCUCUCUCUCUCUCUCUGGCCAGUUCACAGUUACGCACAUUAGUAACGUCUAAAAAUAUAGACUUAAAACCAAUGGCUUUAUUUGAAACAAAUUUAUAUUAACUACAAAAAGUAGCGCCAAAUGAUAAAGAGCCAUAAACCCCGUCAUGGAAGCCUACCGACGCUAUAGGUCAACGGUAGAAAAUAAAGAGAGGAUGCAUUACGAUGAAAAAAGGGUGGUGUAUAUUUUGAGUACAUUGUCGUUCACAGAAAGUGAUGGGUGUGUAUGUGUUAUUAGGGAAACGUGGAUUACCGUGCCAGUACAGCAUGAAUGAGAAACAAAUCAGGUAACACAUCUCUUCCCCUAACCUCCAUUGGUCCCCCUAACAGCCCUGCCUUCCUCCCUCGUGCCUUAUCGAGUCUUCAUUAGAACGAGUUUCUCUUUGAAAUUAUGUUAAUAUUCUGACAUACAACAUGGUGUGUGUUUCCUUCUCUGAGUAACAUUUUCCGGUACUAUGUGUUUUACCAGUCACUCUUACAAGAACAUAUCCGCGGCGUGUGGCUCGGUUCUUUCGAGAUGCUUCUUUCCCUUUUCUAUAUCUCUCUCUUAGUCCUCUCCUGCGCAGAGAGGUGCGUGGCGUGACGGUGGUGCUCUCUGUGUAAGAUAGGGUAUAUGGGGUGGACAGCGGGCAACCCUCGCCAAGAUCUACCCCUUUCCCUUUGUGGGUUUAGUGUUUAUAUAUGCAUAUAUUACAUUAACUAAUACUGUGUCUAUAAUAAAGUGUAUAUAAGAGUAUUUUAAGUUCAUAAAUAAAUUGUUUUGUAAU